AUGACAAGCCGAGCUCCAUUCCACUUCCUCGACCUCACGGAGAUCCAAAAAACUGCCGUGUACCACCGGAUCGACUUGUGGCAAAAGUUUAAGCUGCGCCCAGUGGCUAGGAUUUUCCACCAACGACCGGCCCACCAUUUCCUGAUGGGCACAAGAUUUGGCAGCAGUAUUUGCGUCUCGAAACCAAAGGCGGAAGCGGCUUUUCCGAGGCUCCACCCAUGCAAUCAAAUCACGAUCUCCACCGAUAGUGGACGCAUGUCCGGACGCACCGAUGUAGACGUCCGCGUCGGUCAUUUUGGAACGCAUCUGGAGUUGAUUUUCUGGGAUGUACACAGAAUGUCAUUCGACGUCACCACGAAGCGCUUCGAGUCGGAGGGGGACGAGAUCGCGUUUAUCAAUCGGCUACUAGCCCCAGUGCCCGAGCAAAUGGUGUCGUUCUGCUACUCGAGUCGCGAAAAUGUUGGUGGAGGCCCGGUACGCGACGCGUUAGACGUGCUGCGUGGGCCGUUCGGCACCGGCCAGAUGGCAGAGACGGCGGAGGAAUUCAAGGCCAUGCUGCGCGCAGAACGGCAAUUGGCCCGUCAGCCAACUAGGUUCUCGCUUAGUUUUGGAGACGGGGCGACUGCUUGGCGACCACCGGUUACUGAUGGCGAAUAUGGGCUGAUAUUCGCGGAGGUUCUGGAGCUCAGAACCAACAUCCCCGAAUACAUACUGCCCGAAAAGCUUCGAGAACUUCUAAAGGCGCAGAUUGGCCCCAACGACGAGGCCACCGCUUAUCGGCAUACCCAGUUUUCGGAGGAGAAUGACUCGUACGAAGCGACCCGCUUCGAUCACAUUCACAUCUACGUUGCCCAGAAUCGCCGAGGCGUCGGCAUCGAGGCGGUAAAAGUGCGCAACGGCCACAAGCUGGUCAAAGAGAGGGAUGAGUGCGUCCCAAUCCCAUGGCGA